GCAGAAACCAGAGGGUCAGAUCCUUUCCUGGUUCCUGCCUGUGACCAUUAUACCCAAGAAACAGACCGGGGAGCCCCUGCCCCUUUGCUCCUUAUUCAAGUCCGUUAUUUAAUAUUAUUUUAAAGGGGCAGGUAUGAAGACUUGUUUUUUGCCACUAUCAAUGAAAACAAGAUAACAUGCAAGCAAUUACACUUUGGAUAAAACGAGAUGGAUGUCACAUGAUUUCACCUGAGGUCACCUGUUGCAUGCCGGAUGCAGCUGCACCACACAGAGGGAUGAGGGCUUUCAUUACAGGAGAGGAAGUUUGUAAUGCUGCUGAUGUAACGAAUAAUACAUGUAGCAGAAGGAGAGAUGAAAGAGGAGUGUAGGACUGCAGCUUCAAGGAGUGCUUCGGUCUGCUGGAAACAUCGUAUUUGCGCCGACUCGCAGCGGGCAUCCUCCUCUUCUUCGUGCCGACUCCCUAUGGAGGAUUCCUCCUACCUUCAGAAGACGAACCUGCUUGGAUUCCAGGGUCAUGACAGGUCAGGCCCUCCGAAAACCGCGUGGUGCGGCUCACACAGAAGAUAGUGCUGCCAUCUGCAUCAAUGUCGGAGGCUUCAAGAAGCGCCUCCAGUCCGACACCCUCUCUCGGUUCCCUGACACGAGGCUCGCACGUUUACUCCAGUGUCAGACCAAAGAGUCCAUUCUGGAGCUGUGCGACGAUUACGAUGACACAGAGAAAGAGUUUUACUUUGACAGGAACCCUGCGCUCUUCCCCUACGUAUUGAAUUUCUACAACACAGGCAGGCUGCACGUCAUGGCCGAGCUGUGCAUCUUCUCAUUCAGUCAGGAGAUUGAGUACUGGGGCAUCAAUGAGUUGUUCAUUGACUCGUGUUGCAGCAGCGUCUACCACGAUAAGAAAAUGGACCAGGACAGGAAGGAUUGGGAUGACAGGAGUGACGAGGGGAGCACCACUUCCUCUUUUGAUGAGCUGUUGGUGUUUUACAGUGAUGCAAACAAGUUUGAUAAACAGCUCCUCGGAAGCACACGGAGGCGUGUUUGGUUAAUGCUUGACAACCCUGGUUACUCCGUGGCCAGCCGCAUCAUCAGCAUCCUCUCCAUCCUGGUGGUGCUUGGCUCCAUCACCAGUAUGUGCAUGAACAGCAUGGCAGAGUACAGUCUGUUAGACAGUGAGGGGCAGCCCACAGAGGACCCCCGUUUCGAGACUGUAGAGCACUUUGGCAUUGGCUGGUUCACUCUGGAGCUGGUUGCCAGAUUUGCGGUAGCACCAGAUGUUCUUCAUUUCUUCGAGCAUCCGUUGAAUUUGAUAGACCUGGUGUCCAUACUUCCUUUCUACCUGACACUUCUUAUAAACCUGGUGGUUGUGAGCAGUCCUGCACUUGCCAACCUUGGACGUGUUGCUCAAGUGCUGAGGCUUAUGAGGAUUUUCCGCAUCCUGAAGCUGGCUCGUCACUCUACGGGGUUGCGCUCCCUCGGGGCCACCCUUAAAAACAGCUACAAGGAAGUGGGCCUGUUGCUUCUCUACCUGGCCGUAGGGGUAUCUUUUUUCUCUGUUGUUGCCUACACAGUGGAGAAAGAGGACAGUGAGGAUCUCUCCACCAUCCCAGCCUGCUGGUGGUGGGCCACUGUCAGCAUGACCACCGUCGGGUACGGAGAUGUUGUACCAAUGUCCAUAGCGGGCAAGCUCACCGCCUCAGCAUGCAUCCUUGCUGGGAUCUUAGUUGUUGUGCUUCCAAUCACACUUAUUUUUAAUAAAUUCUCUCUCUUCUACAAAAGACAAAAGCAGCUGGAGAUCGUAAUGCGAAGCUGUGACUUCAAUGAGGGGAUAAAAGAGGUGCCCUCAGUCAACCUGAGGAACUAUUAUGCACAGAAAGUCAAAUCCCUCAUGGUGAGCUUGUCAAACAUGAGUCGUAGUUCCCCCAGUGAACACAGCCUGAAUGAAUCAUUACACUGAAACAUUUUUAGCAAGUAGAGGCAACACCUGAGGACAUGUAGCUGCAUGAGUGUCCAGAGUGUUUAAACCUCUGGAUGACAGGGCCAGUUUGCCGCUGAUGUCUGACCAUUUGCAGCUAUGUAGCUCGGUGCAAUAACCUGUUAAUCUUCGUAUCAGUAACAACAAGAAAGUGAGCAAUUGUUCUGAAGUCUGAAUAUGAUAUAACCACAUCUACAUAGACCAAAGUUUGGCAACAUAAGAUGAAAAAGACAGAGAAAUCUGUUGUUGUUUGCAGUGCUCGGUGGUGUGAUGCUGUCGUCGACUCUCCAGCUGUAAAUGUUACGAUCCACUGUCUGAAAGUAGCUCCAGCUGUAUCUCUUUUGAACAGUUUUGAUGUGUUAAUGUUAUCUUGUGACAAGAUCCCUCCAGAUCUGUUGCUAAAGCAAACUGUAUUAAACAAAAUACACAACACUG